AUGGUGGGUGCUGUCGUGUUGAUUCUCUCUGGUGCAGCUGUUUGGUCAGCUGUGGGUGGUGAUGAGAAUGCUGAUCACACAUGGGAGCAGAGCAUGUGGAUGUCUUGGGGCCUCUUCUUCGACCCCGGCACGCAGACAGGCGUGGCAGCGAAUGCCGCGAUCAAAGUGAAGCUGGCCGCAUUGAUUUUCUCCGUCCUUGGCUUUCUCUACAACUUGACCUUCCUUGGCAUCAUUGUAGAGUGGAUCCGCUCUUCGAUGGAUACCUGGACAAGAACGAAAAGCCGAGUGUGGUAUGGAGAGCAUGUUCUGGUUCUUGGAUGGAGUGAGAAGACCCUGUACCUCCUGAACGAGCUUUUCGAAGCUAUCCACUCAAGCGGGAAGCGCUAUCCCGUUGUUGUGAUGGCUGACCGAGACCAAGCCGAGAUGCACCAAGAGAUUCACCAAUAUUUCCUGCAGCUUUGGGAGCACAUGAGCUUCUUUGACAGGCGCUGGCGAAUGCUGAGUUCUCUGAAGAUUCGGCAAGGCAUUGCCCACGAGACCGACUCCUUGGACAGAGCCGGAGCCAUGCGUGCUCAGGAGAUCAUCAUCUUGUCUCGCGACGGCGACCCACGGACUGCAGACCUGGAAGCGAUCCGCAUUAUGGUGGCUUUGUCUUCAAUGCGACAGCCAGUACGCUGCCGAAUCUUUGCGGAGGUGCAAGUGCAGGAGGUGGGAAAAGUCUUACGACGCCUGCACAGCCGAACCGAGGUCAUACAUGCGCGGGCUGCCUCGAACCACGUGCUCAGCCUGCUGGCAACAAAUCAUCUUGUAGGGACAUGUUUUGCAGACCUUUGCUCUUUCACAGCUGGUGAUGAACUCUAUGUUGUGGACCGCCAAGACGGCUGGAACACCUUUCAAGAGGCAUGCUCAGCUUUCGAUAAGGCAGUCUGCAUCGGCGUUCAGGCCGCGAAGCAGGUCAAGGGUGCCUUCGGUACGCGCAUAGAGCUUGCACCCCCUGAUGAUCGGCUGCUGCAAGAAGGAGAGCGAAUCCUAGUCAUGGCAUCCGACUGGCAGGAUGUGCAGGUGCAUGUGGGAAGUCUUUGGCACUGGCGUGGUACCAGCCAUGGACCGUCCACAUCAACGAGGCUUAUGGCAGGCUUGGCCGUGCAGCUUCAAAAAACCGUUUAG